CCCGCCGCAGCCCCGCACGGCCACCGGCACCAUGAACCAGAUCGAGCCCGGCGUGCAGUACAACUAUGUGUACGACGAGGACGAGUACAUGAUCCAGGAGGAGGAGUGGGACCGCGACCUGCUCCUGGACCCGGCCUGGGAGAAGCAGCAGCGCAAGACCUUCACCGCCUGGUGCAACUCCCACCUGCGCAAAGCCGGCACCCAGAUUGAGAACAUCGAGGAGGACUUCCGGAAUGGCCUGAAGCUCAUGCUGCUGCUGGAGGUCAUCUCAGGUGAGAGGCUGCCCAAACCCGACCGGGGCAAAAUGCGCUUCCACAAGAUCGCCAACGUCAACAAAGCCCUGGACUACAUAGCCAGCAAGGGGGUGAAGCUGGUGUCCAUCGGGGCUGAAGAAAUCGUGGAUGGCAAUGUGAAGAUGACUCUCGGCAUGAUCUGGACCAUCAUCCUCCGCUUCGCCAUCCAGGACAUCUCCGUGGAAGAGACAUCUGCCAAAGAAGGGCUGCUGCUGUGGUGUCAGCGGAAGACGGCCCCUUACAGAAACGUGAACAUCCAGAACUUCCACACCAGCUGGAAGGACGGCCUGGGUCUCUGCGCCCUAAUCCACAGACACCGGCCGGACCUCAUCGACUACUCCAAGCUCAACAAGGAUGACCCCAUAGGAAACAUCAACCUGGCCAUGGAGAUCGCAGAGAAGCACUUGGACAUUCCCAAAAUGCUGGAUGCUGAAGACAUUGUGAAUACUCCCAAACCUGACGAAAGAGCCAUCAUGACUUACGUUUCCUGCUUCUACCAUGCUUUCGCGGGAGCGGAGCAGGCUGAGACAGCAGCUAACAGGAUAUGUAAGGUUCUUGCUGUGAAUCAAGAGAAUGAGAGGCUGAUGGAAGAAUACGAGAGGCUAGCAAGUGAGCUUCUGGAGUGGAUUCGGCGCACGAUCCCCUGGCUGGAGAACCGCACGCCAGAGAAGACGAUGCAGGCCAUGCAGAAGAAGCUGGAGGACUUCCGGGACUACCGGCGCAAGCACAAGCCACCCAAGGUGCAGGAGAAGUGCCAGCUGGAGAUCAACUUCAACACGCUGCAGACCAAGCUGCGCAUCAGCAACCGGCCGGCCUUCAUGCCCUCCGAGGGCAAGAUGGUGUCGGACAUCGCAGGUGCCUGGCAGAGGCUGGAGCAGGCUGAGAAGGGCUAUGAGGAGUGGCUGCUCAACGAGAUUCGGAGGCUGGAGCGCUUGGAACACCUGGCCGAGAAGUUCAGGCAGAAGGCCUCCACGCACGAGACCUGGGCUUAUGGCAAAGAGCAGAUCUUGCUGCAGAAGGACUACGAGUCAGCGUCGCUGACCGAGGUGCGGGCGCUACUGCGGAAGCACGAAGCCUUUGAGAGUGACCUGGCAGCCCAUCAGGACCGCGUGGAGCAGAUUGCCGCCAUUGCCCAGGAGCUCAAUGAGCUGGAUUACCAUGAUGCCGUGAACGUCAAUGACCGCUGCCAGAAGAUUUGCGACCAGUGGGACAGGCUGGGGACGCUCACGCAGAAGCGGAGGGAGGCCUUGGAGAGAACGGAGAAAUUGCUAGAAACCAUCGAUCAGCUGCACCUGGAGUUUGCUAAGAGAGCGGCUCCCUUCAACAAUUGGAUGGAGGGCGCGAUGGAGGACCUGCAGGACAUGUUCAUUGUCCACAGCAUCGAGGAGAUCCAGAGUCUCAUCACUGCCCAUGAGCAGUUCAAGGCCACGCUGCCCGAGGCGGAUGGCGAGCGGCAGUCCAUCAUGGCCAUACAGAAUGAGGUGGAGAAGGUCAUUCAGAGCUACAGCAUCAGGAUCAGCUCCAGCAACCCGUACAGCACCGUCACCAUGGACGAGCUCCGCAACAAGUGGGAGAAGGUGAAGCAGCUGGUGCCAGUCCGAGACCAGUCCCUGCAGGAGGAGCUAGCUCGCCAGCAUGCCAACGAGCGCCUGCGGCGCCAGUUCGCUGCCCAGGCCAACGCCAUUGGGCCUUGGAUCCAGAACAAGAUGGAGGAGAUCGCCAGGAGCUCCAUCCAGAUCACCGGGGCGCUGGAGGACCAGAUGAACCAGCUGAAGCAGUAUGAGCACAACAUCAUUAACUACAAGAACAACAUCGACAAGCUGGAGGGAGACCACCAGCUUAUCCAGGAGGCCCUGGUCUUCGACAAUAAGCACACCAACUACACCAUGGAGCACAUCCGUGUGGGGUGGGAGCUACUCCUCACCACCAUCGCCAGAACCAUCAACGAGGUGGAGACACAGAUCCUGACCAGGGACGCCAAGGGCAUCACCCAGGAGCAGAUGAACGAGUUCAGAGCCUCCUUCAACCACUUCGACAGGAGGAAGAACGGCCUGAUGGACCACGAGGACUUCAGAGCCUGCCUCAUCUCCAUGGGUUACGAUCUGGGUGAAGCUGAAUUUGCCCGCAUCAUGACCCUGGUUGACCCCAACGGACAAGGGACGGUCACCUUCCAAUCCUUCAUUGACUUCAUGACUAGAGAGACUGCGGACACAGACACCGCCGAGCAGGUCAUCGCCUCCUUCCGAAUCCUGGCUUCUGAUAAGCCUUAUAUCCUGGCGGAUGAGCUGCGUCGAGAGCUGCCUCCCGACCAGGCCCAGUACUGCAUUAAGAGGAUGCCAGCCUACUCUGGCCCAGGCAGCGUGCCUGGGGCCCUGGAUUACACGGCCUUCUCCUCUGCGCUGUAUGGGGAGAGUGAUCUGUAAUCCUUGUCCUGUCCCAACCAAUAAAAGCUGAAGUCAUGUUGGUUUCUGGAAAUGUUGCCAAGCUUUGCUGAGUUCAGAGAGGAAAAAGAUUCUGUAGCAGCUCAUUAUUUUAGUUUUUUUAUUUUUGUCAGAGCAGUCACAUGACCUAAACACAGUUCCCCUGGUGUCUGACGUGGUGUGCUUGAUAAACAGAUGCAGUCUUCAUUUCUGAUUUUUUUUCAGCUAAAUGGAAUGAAAUAUUAGAUUGGUUCAUUUCUUUGGGUAAACAGAGCAAAUUACUUGAAUACUAUGAAAUUAGGAAGAUUUAAGAACAGAAGAAAAGUGGAAAAUGUGAAAGAUCGCAAACACCCAAGAUUCAUAGGAGUGACUAGAAUCACAGCUUAAGGUUUGAUUUUUUUUUUUUUUAAUGAAAUAGUCUUCCUAUAUAAUAUGUAUGUGUGCUUUUGCCUAGGAGAAAUAUUUGGGAUUCUAGUGCUUUAUUUUCUUGGUUAUCCAAAGAUUAACUUGAUUCAUAUAUAAAUAUCACUGUGUCUCUUCGUGGACUUAAACAUUAAGAGGUGGACCUGCCAGGAAAAGAAACAGAACAAUCAAAAGAUCUUUAGUGAGUACAAAACAUUUAAGGCAAGCUAUCUCCCCCUAGCCCAGACUUGCCUCCAAUUCAUGAUCCUCCUGCCUCAGUUUCUCGAGAGUUGCUAUUACAGAUGUAUACCACUGUGUCUGGAUUUUAGUAAUUAACAUUUUUGAUGAGUUUGAGGCC